AUGCUGUGCUGGUUGCGGGGCUUCGUGCUGCCCUCUGUGGCCUGCCAGAGUGUCUAUACCCAGUUGGCCUAUGAGAUCCUCUUCGAAGACCUGGACCGCAAUGGGGAUGGUGUGGUGGACAUUGUGGAGCUCAGAGAUGGGCUGAGGAACUGGAAUUCCGCCUUUGAUUCCAACUCAGAAAAGACCAUUUUUCUGGCUGCAGAUUCCAAUGCUGAUGCAGGACUAGAUUUUGAAGAAUUUGUACAGUACCUUCAAGACCACGAGAAGAAAAUGAAACUGGCAUUUAAGAGUCUGGACAGAAAUAAUGAUGGAGUUAUAGACGCUUCAGAAAUAGUCGCUGCGGUGCAGUCUUUGGGGAUCUACAUUUCUCUCUCUCAGGCAAAGGACAUCCUGAAAAGCAUGGACAGCGACGGGUCAAUGACAAUAGACUGGGAUGAAUGGAGAGACUUCUUCUUCCUCCACCCUGCAAAAAAUAUCAGCGAGAUCAUUCGUUUCUGGAAGCGUUCCACUAUAAUUGACAUGGGAGAGAGUAUAAGUAUUCCAGAUGAAUUCACAGAGCAAGAGAAGAGGUCUGGAGUAUGGUGGAAGCGGCUAGUGGCAGCCGGAAUAGCAAGUGCGAUAACACGGACAUGCACGGCACCUCUGGACCGCUUGAAGGUCUUGAUGCAGGUUCGUCAUUCAAAAGUCAGUAAAAUGGGAUUGGUGAAUGAGUUCAAGCAGAUGAUAAAGGAAGGCGGCCUUUUCUCUCUGUGGCGAGGAAACGGUGUGAACGUCUUUAAAAUUGCACCGGAGACAGCACUCAAGAUCGGGGCCUAUGAACAGUAUAAGAAACUUCUUAGUUUUGAUGAUGCUAAUUUAGGAGUUCUUCAAAGAUUUAUAGCUGGCUCCAUGGCUGGUGCAACUUCCCAAACCUGUAUUUAUCCCAUAGAGGUGAUAAAGACCAGGCUGAUUUUAGGUAAAACUGGCGAAUAUUCUGGGGUUGUUGAUUGUUGCAGGAAGCUUCUGAAGACAGAGGGCAUUCAGGCCUUUGGCAAAGGCUAUGUUCCCAACCUGAUAGGUAUCAUACCAUAUGCAGGCUUAGAUCUUGCCAUCUUUGAGCUUCUGAAGAAUUACUGGCUGGAACACUGCUCAGAAAAGUCUGUGAACCCUGGCAUAGCCAUCGUGCUGGGCUGCAGCACACUGUCGCACACUUGUGGCCAGCUAGCCAGUUUCCCCCUGAACCUUCUUAGGACUCGCAUGCAGGCAGCUAUCAUGGAAAAGGAAAAAAUACCUAUGUUUCAGCUCAUUCAAGAAAUAUACACUAAAGAAGGAAAGAGGGGAUUUUUCCGUGGUCUCACCCCUAACUUCAUCAAGCUGCUUCCUGCAGUGGGCAUCGGCUGCGUGGCUAAUGAACUGGUGAAACUGUUCUUUGGACUAACCUAGAAGUGCAAGGUCAAGCUGCUGCCGUGCUGUAAGCACUA